CAAUAAAAGAAGGAAGAAACAGAAGAAGAUUCGUAAGCAAACGGAGAAGAGCACCCUAAAUAUUUCACAACCUCAUCAGAUAUUUAAAGAUACGAUGGAAGUAAAAGAGGAAGUGACUGAUGAGAGGCCGUACAAAUGCAUUCAGUGUGGAGAUGAUUUCAUACGAAAAGGACACCUUAAGUUACAUGAAAGGAUUCACACCGGUGAGAAAACAUUCAGCUGCCAUCAGUGUGAAGAGUUUUACAAGUUUAAGUAACCUUAAGGUACAUAUAAAAACUCACAAUGAGGAGACGUCUCAGAUUCACGUGAUUGAGGAGAGUUUUGUAAAUGAACAGGAGACGCCUCAGAGUCAUGUGUUUGAGAAAUGUUUUAUGAAAGAUGAAGAAAGAUUUGCAGAGCAUGUAAGCGUUCGCACUGAAGAGAAACCUUUCAGCUGCCAUCAGUGUGGAAAGAGUUACAAAAUGAAACGAAACCUUAAAGAUCAUAUUAAUACUCACACCGGUGAGAAACCGUACGAAUGCCCUAAAUGUGGACAGGGUUUUUCACACGUAUCAAACCUUGCCGCUCAUAUAAGAGUUCACACUGGAGAGAAGCCGCACAAAUGCUCUGAUUGUGGAAAAAGUUUUACACGCAAAACAAAUCUUACGGCUCACGGAAGUAUUCACACCGGAGAGAGACCUUACACCUGUCCUCAGUGUGAAAAGAGUUUUACUAUUAAAGAGCAUCUUAAGAAUCACAUAUUAAUUCACACUGGUCAGAGACCUUUCAUUUGCACUUACUGUGGAAAGAGUUUUGCACGUCACACAACUUUUAAGGAUCAUGAAAGGAUUCACACUGGAGAGAAACCUCACACCUGUACUCAAUGUGGAGAGAGAUUUAUGGACAAAAGACAACUCAAGAGUCAAACAGCACAACACACUGGUGAGUCGCCUUUUACUUGCCUGCAGUGUGGAAAGGGCUUCUCACGGAAAAUCCUUCUGAAAGAACACCUGAGACUUCAUACAGGAGAGAACGCUUUCACGUGUACUCGCUGUGGAAAAGGUUUCACAAAUGCAUCAAAACUCAAAAUUCACCAGCAAUCUCAUUCUGAAGAAAAACCAUUCAACUGUGUUCGGUGUGGGAAGCCUUUCAAAUACAAAUCAACCCUUAAGGCUCAUAUAAGAAUUCACACUGGAGAGAAACCUUACAGCUGUCCUCAGUGUGGAAAGAGAUUCAGUUAUUCAUCAAAUCUGAAAGUUCACCAGCGCACUCAUUAAGAAGAAAUCAUUCAACUGUGAUAAGACAUUUGUGUCAGCAUUGUUCCUAAGAAGAUCCUUAUUUAAUCUCAUCUGUACUGUAUGUGGUUUCCUUUCUUCAACUGAAGACAAUUAGAUUUAUAUAAAAAUAUUCUAUACUUACAUGUGACCCUAGAAAACAAAACCAGUCAUGGGGAUCAUGAUUUUUGUGAUAUAUAGAUACAACUAUUUGAAAAUCUGGAAUCUGAGGGUGCCAAAAAAAUUUAAAUAUUGAGAAAAUUGUUUUUAAAUUUGUUCAAAUUAAGUUCUUAGCACCACAUAUUACUAAUUAUUAGUGAUCAAUUGAUACAGAUUUAUUUUAUAACCGAUACCAAAUAUUUGGAUGCUUAUCUGUAUAAUAUAUACAAUAAUAGUAUAAUAUAUAAUAUUAUAAUAAUAACAAUCACUCCCUCUUUACAUAUAAAGUAAUACAUAAAGGGGUCUGAACGAUUAAAAAAUAAUUCAGGAAACGUAUAUAUCAGUCGAUCUCUACUAAUAGUAAAUAAGUGUACAAAAUAUCUUUAUGGAACCUAAUAUGUUUACUUAAUAUCCUCAAAUCGAUCAUUUUGACCCAUACAAUGUAUUGCUAAAAAUAUACCCAUGAUAUUUAUGACUGGUUAUGUGGUCCAGGGUCACGUAUGGGACAUUGAAGCUCCAUAAAGCAAAACGAUUGAUGUUAAAAGUCAUCCAUGAUUGUUAUAAGAAAGCUUUAAUAUUUUGAGAUUAUUUAGCAAAGCUGUUUUGUUUUUCAGUUCUUUAAAUAAACAAAGUAUUAAUAACCAUUUAUUGCCCACACACCUGUUGUUUUACUUCAGAUGACAUUUUUGUUGGA